AUGGAGAAUCGAUUUAAUAGGAAUAUUUUGUCAUAUGGCCUAGAAACAUUCAAGAAUAUACAAGAUGGAAUGAUAUUAGUAUCAGGAAUGAAUGUUAUUGGAACUGAAACUGUUGUUAAUUUGAUUUUAUCGGGUUGCAACUGCGUUGGUAUUUACGAUAAUGACAUAAUAUCACCUAGUGAUGUAUCAAGUAACUUUUAUUUGACAAAUGAAGAUCUAGGAAAGCCAAAAUGCGAAAUUUUAAAAUCAAAAUUGAAUUAUUUAAAUCCAAAUUGCGAAAUAAUCAUUGAAACAUCAUUAGAUACUUCUGUAUUGACCAAAUAUAUGCUACUUGUCCAAACAAAACCACUUUUUCAUGAUGAAAUUACAAAAUUAAAUCAAAAAUGUCGAGAAAAUCAUAUAGGAUUCAUAUAUUCUGACUCUUAUUCAUAUCUCUCAUGCAUAUUUAUAGACUUUGGAGACGACUUUACCGUACAAAACAAGGAUGGAAGGGUUCCUUUCUCAUAUAAAAUUUCGAAAAUUACAAAAUCAAAUCCUGGCAUUGUAGAAUUUGCUGCUCCAAAAGAUUCAAUCAUUCCUAAAUCAUUUCAUGGCUAUUUCUCUCAUGUUCAAAGUGUUCCUGAGUUAAAUGAAAUCGAAUCUGUCGAAUUUACGAAGAUUUCUGGACGUAAAUACAAUAUUAUUGAUACAACCAAGUUCUCUAACUUUGAUGAAACAAAAGAUAACGGAUUUAUUACUCAAAUUAAAGAAAAAUCAAAAUUAAUUUUCAAAUCUUAUGAUGAAUCACUUGAAACUGUUCCACAAAUGAUUGUAAAUAAUGAAAGACAUAAAUGGGUUCGUAAUUUCUUCUUAAAUCGUCAAAAAUCACAACCAAUUUUGUUAUAUGACCAAGCAAUUGGAACUUUAAUAGGAGGAUUAUGUGCAAAUGAAGCUAUUAAGUAUUUAACACAUACUUAUAUGCCAAUUAAGAACCAAUGGUUUGUUUUUUGUUUGGAAAAUUUAUUUGAAUCGAAAUCUUAUGAAGAAGCAUGCGAAAAGUUUAAAGAAAUGAAUCCAGAAUUCAUAGAAUAUGAUUUUCUUAAGCCAAAGACUUUAGAUUUCUCAAAAGAAAAACUUUUAAUUUGUGGAAUUGGAGCAGUUGGUUGUACACUCUCCAAAAUUGCUUCUACAUAUAAUCCAGCAUUGAUGUCGUUGGUUGAUCGCGAUGAUAUUGAAAUUUCCAACUUAAAUCGACAAUUAUUAUUUUCUGACAAAGAUAUUAAGAAAAACAAAGCCGAAACAGCUAAAGAAAAGUUACUAGAGUAUAGAAGUAACUUAAAUAUUAAUACAUAUCCUAUUUAUAUUACAGAAAAAACAAAAUUAAAAUUCUUCAGUGACCAUACAACAGCUUUUGGCCUUGUUGACUCAUUUUCAGCAAGAGGACUGAUUGCAGGAAAUGCUGCCUUAGCUUCUAUCCCUUUCUUUACAGGAGGAUUGUCUCCUGGACAAGGAGACUUUGAAUGUAAAAUUCCUAACGUUACAAAUCAAUAUAUAAUUAGAUCUGAACCACAAACAACUAAAACUUGUACUUUGAGAAGCUUUCCUUAUAAGAAAGAACAUUGUAUCGAAUGGGCAACGGAAUUUCUCAUCAAAGUAAUCAAUUCUAGUGGAUAUAAGACAAUUGAUGAAUGCAUUGAUUACGCUAAGAACAAAUUCAGAUCAAAAUUUUACAUUUAUUGGCAAAAUAAUAUUAUUUUGCAUCCAAAAGACGAAAUAAGAAAUGGUGAACCUUACUGGUCAGGUACAAGGAUCUUUCCUAAAACAAUUAAGUAUGAUAAAACCAAUGAACUUCACAAAAAAUUUAUUAUUUCUCUGACAAAGCUUUUGGCAGCAGCAAGCAACAUUCCAUUGCCAACUGAUGAAGAUUUAAUGGCUAAGAUCAAUGAUAUUUCUAUAAUUUAUCCAACAGAUGAAGAAAUUUCGAAUCAUAAGAAGGAAUUAAAGGAAGUUUCCAAAGAAAAGCCCAAACGAACACAUAUGUUUGAUGAAUAUAAUAAGGAUCAGGUUGAUUUGCUCAUGUCUUCGAGUAAUCUCCGAUCAUUAAUUUUUAAUUUGCCAGAAAUCACAGAAAGUGACUGUAUUAAGUUUGCUGGUAAAAUAGUACCUGUUGUUUCUACUAUUAAUUCGAUCGUUUCAUCUAAUAUUUGGCUAAUUUACAUGGAUUAUCUUGCAAAUCCUGAUUUCGGAUACACUGGAACGUUCUAUUCCGAGAACUGUAGCAUUAGGUAUGCUAAACAGACAAGAUUGAAUAAUCCACGCAAGUUUGGAAACACAGAAAGGUUGUUUUACGGCUGGGAAUAUUUUAGAUUUGAUUCUAAAACAAAACUUGGUGAAGUUUUGCAAAAUUUGAAAGAACAACUCAAAUGUGGAAUUGAUUCAUGGGCUACACGAACAGGAACUCUUCCUUUGGAUAAGCCAGAUCUCACGUUUGAAGAUGUAAUUCAUCCAGACACUGAUUAUGCAAUUGUAGAACCACUUCCUGAAGGAGAUUUCGACUGUCCUUCAAUUUUAGUUACUUUCGAAUAA